CGAAGUUGUGGACCGAACCUUCUUUACUCCUUUAGCGAUAACCUGAAGUUUCCAUUGGGGAACGGUCAAAGCAUUCAGCGAUGGCAGCAAUGGCUUCCACCACCUCAACCUCAAGGGUUCCUUAUCCUUUGCCAUUAUCUCCGGUUCGUUGUUCACUUAAAUCCUCCGUUAAUACAACGUGCUCAUUCACUUCUUCUUCUUCUUUGGUUUGCAAGAAGCUCUGGUUAUCUAAUGGAACUCGAGGGAAGCCAGGCUUUAGAACUUCUUCUUCUUCGACGACUUUGAGGAUAAGGUGUGGUGGCUUAAGGGAGAUUAAGGAGGAUGAGUUCUCCGACGUCGUUUUGAAGUCUGAUCGUCCUGUCCUUGUGGAGUUCGUUGCCACUUGGUGUGGGCCCUGCCGCUUGAUUGGUCCUGCUAUGGAAUCCGUUGCUGAGGAGUAUAAAGAAAAGAUCACUGUUGUUAAGAUAGAUCAUGAUGCAAAUCCCAAGCUCAUAGAAGAGUUCAAAGUUUAUGGAUUGCCAACUUUGAUUCUCUUCAAAGAUGGAAAGGAAGUUCCAGAUAGUAAAAGGGAAGGUGCGAUAACAAAAGUUAAACUCAAGGAGUAUCUUGAUGGACUUCUAAAGACAGUUUCUAUCGCAUAAUAUUUGGGCUAAAGUUUAGUGGUUCUGGUAUCUUCAUCAGUUUAUGAUGAGAUGCACUUUUUGUCUGGUCAAUGUUAGUAUCCUGAAAUUGCCUGUAAUUUGAUUUGCUUCCUUGAUUAGCCAAGAAUAGCGGGGAUGCAUUGUAUAUUUUAGCUAUCUCUGUGGGCGAUGACCUGUUUGUAUUUGUAUAUUUGAGCUGUUUAUAAGAUAAAAUAAUUGCAUAUUUCAAAGUUAUGUAAUUUGGUUUAAUUUGAAGAGCA